CUCCAAACGGUCGCUCGGAAUCCGGCCCUCUUUUCUUGCGUUUACUGAUCUGUUCCAUUGCCGCUCCGGAGGCCAGGGUUCUCAUAAGAUGGCUGCCACACAGGGUGUCAACGUUCUGCGCUAUUCGGCCCUCGUUGCCGGUCUUGUUUACGGCUUCUACCACCAGUCCUCGAUCACCUCCAGCGCUAAGCAUGCCGAGGCCGAACGCGAAUACGCCCGCCAGGAGCGCCUGAUCCAGCAGGCCAAGGCCGAGUGGAAGAAGAAGACGGCGCCCAAGGACUCGCAAAACAGCGGAGUCAUCACGGAUCCCGAGGACAGCCGGUUUGACCUUGAGGCCUUCCUGAAGUUGAAGGCUGGCGAGAACUAGAAUGGAAUUGAAGUAUACAGCAAGCAAAUGAGUUGCAGUUAUCUCUCCCCGAGUCGUACCUUGUAAGGUACGGACGAGAGGUCUCGGGUCGGCCCCGAUUAUGUAUUAUUGUUUGGUCUAAUUUCCCAGAGUCGUGUCAUUGCGAGCGAAGGAAUGAUUUUUCUUUUUCAACUAUAGACAUCAUCCCCGCAUCUUGUACAUACCCUGGGCUGUCGUGCGUGUGUACACUACAGUUGGACCAGAAGAGCAAGAGAUUCUGUUGUAUGCUUCGGUUUCAUUGCUGAUCUUCUCGUACUGAGUGCGCUUGCGCAAUGUUAUGCCCAUUGUUCAUGGUGCCGUUCUAUGGUUGCUCGUGAAGCCGUCAAGUCAUUACGAGCGGACGCGGGAUGUUUCGCUCUGAUAUGUAGCCAUCCGAUCUUGCCG